UGCUCUUUCGCAAAAUGGCUCGAACCAAGCAAACUGCUCGCAAGUCUACGGGAGGGAAGGCACCCCGCAAACAACUGGCUACGAAGGCUGCCCGGAAGAGCGCUCCUGCUACUGGUGGUGUGAAGAAGCCUCACCGCUACCGGCCCGGCACCGUGGCGCUGCGAGAAAUCCGUCGUUAUCAGAAGUCCACCGAGCUGCUGAUCCGAAAGCUACCCUUCCAGCGGCUGGUGCGUGAGAUCGCGCAGGACUUCAAGACCGACCUGCGCUUCCAGAGCUCGGCUGUGAUGGCCUUGCAGGAGGCGAGUGAAUCCUAUCUCGUGGGCCUGUUUGAGGACACCAACUUGUGCGCCAUCCACGCCAAGCGGGUGACCAUCAUGCCCAAAGACAUUCAGCUGGCCCGCCGCAUCCGCGGGGAGAGGGCGUAAGCCAGAA